AGCACAGUGCCCGCAGCUGUGGGGCGAGUUAAACUUCCUAAGAGGUACAUAAGGUCGACUGCCCUGUUCAGCAGGUGCUCUACUGACAGCACCCUUCCUCCUACAGCUUGGCUCCACACACAGACCUAAGGAACAAAGAACAAUAACCAACAAAAAAACUAUCCACAAUGCCACAAAAUGUUAUUCUCCAAGGACCGGCACCCUGGGGAUUCAGGCUCUCAGGAGGAAUAGAUUUUAAUCAACCCUUAAUCAUAACCAGGAUUACACCUGGAAGUAAGGCUUCAGCUGCCAACCUGUGCCCUGGUGAUGUUAUUAUAGCUAUUGAUGGUCUAAGCACAGAGAACAUGACACAUAAUGAUGCCCAGGAGAGAAUUAAAGCAGCUACACAUCAGCUUUCUUUGAAAAUAGAGAGGGCAGGAACUAAAUUAUGGUCCCCGCAAGUUUCAGAAGAUGGCAAAGCACAUCCCUUCAAGAUAAACUUGGAAGCUGAACCACAGGAUAUGAACUACUUUGAACACAAGCAUAAUAUUCGGCCCAAACCUUUCAUAGUCUCAGGCCGAAGCAGUGGAUGCAGCACUCCUUCGGGGAUUGACUGUGGCAGUGGACGUAGUACCCCCUCUUCAAUUAGCACGGUUAGCUCUAUCUGCCCUACUGAGCUGAAAGCAGUGUCUAAGAUGGCCCCUAACAUUCCCUUGGAAAUGGAGCUUCCUGGUGUCAAGAUUGUACAUGCUCAGUUUAACACACCUAUGCAGUUGUACUCAGAUGACAAUAUCAUGGAAACACUGCAAGGACAAGUUUCUACAGCUUUGGGGGAAACACCCAUAAUAAGUGACCCAUCUCCCAACGCAGUGCCUCAGUCUGACGUGUACAAGAUGCUGCAUGCCAACCAGGAGGAGCCCAGUCAACCUCGCCAGUCUGGCUCCUUUAAGGUGCUCCAGAAUUUAGUCUCCGAGGAAGAUGGACGCCCCAUGGGUACAAGAAGUGUGAAAGCACCUGUAACAAAGAUACCUACUGCUGUGCCUGGUGUCCAGAAAGUGCCACUGUGUGACAAGUGUGGGAAUGGGAUUGUAGGAACAGUGGUGAAGGCACGUGAUAAAUAUCGGCACCCAGAAUGUUUUGUGUGCUCUGACUGCAAUCUCAACUUGAAACAAAAAGGCUACUUCUUUGUGGAGGGCCAGCUAUACUGUGAAGUCCAUGCACGAGCUCGCAUGAGGCCACCAGAAGGAUAUGAAGCAGUUACCGUUUACCCAAAAUGUUAGUCUUACAUUAACACACAAAUAUAUGCAUGCACACAAAAAGCCAUUAACAGCUUAGAACUGCAGUACAAGUGUCAGGACUUCUGCCUGAUCCCAAAGUAGAAGCUUUUAAACAUUUUCUUGUGGGAUUCUUGGGAAGUGGAAGUCCCUAUUAGCCAGCAGUAGCAUGUUAUACCAGUAAAAUUCUGCUAAAAUAUUAUCUUUGAAGAUGCCAACAUAACUCAAUGAAGUAUAAACUAAAACAGCUGUACUGGAAUAAAAAAAGUGAGACAGCCAAGGUAUUACAUGAUUACUACAGUAUAUAUGUAAGUGCUGUAAUCAAGACAUUAUUUUUAACCUAAAUUAACUACCUAUGCAAACACCAAAGCCAUUCAAGUGAUACAGGCCAGGCCCUAACAAGUGGAGAAACUUGACAGAUCAUUAGAAAAGCAGCUAUUUUACAUGGAUAGUACAAAAUAAGCAGUUGUUCAUGUCUGCUUCUACCAUCUAUUAUUCAAGUACCAUUAAUGUAUGCCAAAAAUAGAUUUUGCUUAUUUUGCUUUGAAUUUGGGUUUAUAUUAACUUAAUUUUCUGAUGCAACAACUGUGAUAAGGGAUAAAUAUAAAUUCAUACAAUAAAAUGGCUAAUGUAAUAAAGACUUUAGUAAGAAGUAAAGAACAGAAAGUUCUACAUUGUUCUAGUGAUUUGCAGUGACAUCAGCUUUCACAUCACUUAGUAGAAAAUUGUUCUGAGGCACAUACACAUAUACGUUGUUUUUUGGGAAAAACAACAAAAACAAACACA